AUGGAGAACAACAACAACAACGACAAUCUGAGGAGAGGGAACCGGGGACGGCAGAAAGUGGAGAUGGUGAAAAUGAAGAACGAGAGCAAUCUCCAAGUCACCUUCUCGAAGCGCCGCUCCGGCCUCUUUAAGAAGGCGAGCGAGCUCUGCACCCUCUGUGGCGCCGAGAUGGCGCUGGUGGUGUUCUCCCCGGGGCGAAAGGUGUUCUCCUUCGGCCACCCGUCGGUGGAGGAGGUGGUGGAGCGCUACUCCAACUGCCAGCGCUUCAUUCCCGCCGAUCAGAUGGUCUCUGCCGGCGACGUCUCAGGCGUCGGCACCGGCGCCGGAAACGGGACGCUGCAGUUGAUCGAGGCCCACCGGAACGCCAACCUCCGGGAACUCAACGCCCAGCUGGCGCAGGUGAUGGGGCGACUCGACUUGGAGCGGAAGCGCGGCGAGGAGAUGAGCAAGCUGCGGAAGGCGAGCCAGGCGCAGUGCUGGUGGGAGAACCCGGUGGAUCAGCUGGACAUGGAGCAGCUAGGGCAACUGAAGAAAUCCCUGGAGGAGCUCAAGAAAGUGGUUCAGCACCAGGCCGACCGGAUCUUGAUGCAAGCCUCCGUCGCCGUCAACAACGCCUCGUCCGUCAUCGCCUACACCCCGGUUCCUCCUCCUCCGCCACCGCUGCAGACACCGCAGUUUUAUCCCGCGGUUGGUGGCUCUGGAUCUGGACAACAAGGAGGAGGGAAUAUGAUGGUGGUGCCUCAUAAUAAUAACAAUGCUAAUACUAAUAACAUGACUACCAAUAUGAUCAAUAUGAAUGGUGGAUUCAGUACUAAUAAUAAUAGUCCUGUCCCCGUUGUUAAUAAUCAUGGGAUGAUGAACAUGGCUUCUCUACCGCUUGCGCCUCCGCCACCGCCGCGGCAGAACCGUCAUUCUCAUGGAUUCAACAACAGCAUUGGAUAUGGCCGUGGUGGGUAUUACUGA